UUUGGACAUAAGUAUUGUUGUCUAUCAGACGGUUUUAUUCACGUCAAAGUAGUAAAGAUUGAAAUAAUUUCAUUAACAAUUUACUGCUUGGCUGUAACUGUUACAUGUGGACAGGUUUUUAAAUGUCAAGAGUUCGUGAAUCUUUAUUUCUCUAAAGUUACGAUACACAGUGCUUGUGUUCAAAUCGAUCAACACAAAAAUGUUGAGUUUUGCUGGUGUUUUGGCGCUUCUGGCAAUUGGAAUAGUGGCAAUAGUGGUUGCAACUCCGGCAAAAUCGACAACUGGAAAGUUUCAAUCAAAUGACCGUGGUCCUGAUUCGUGUUCCCCUGUCAUUAUAGCGCACCGAGGUGCAAGCGGCUAUGCACCGGAACACACACUUGGUUCUUACGCAUUAGCAAUCACGAUGGGUGCUGAUUACGUUGAACCUGACCUUGUGAUGACUAAGGACGGACAGCUGAUAUCAAGACACGACAAUGAAUUGGGAUUGACAACAGACGUCGCUAAUCGCACAGAGUUUGCAGACCGUUACCGGACACAAACAAUUGACAGUAACGCAGUGAGUGGUUGGUUUACUGAAGAUUUUACCUUAGCGGAAAUCAAAUCUUUGAGAGCAAUCGAACGGAUUCCAGACACAAGACCAGGUAAUGCACGAAUGGACGGUGCGUUUCAAGUGUUAACAUUUCAGGAAAUCAUUGAUCUGGUAAAAAGUUUACAAAUCAGCCAACGGAGAACCAUCGGUAUUUAUCCCGAGAUCAAACAUAGUAGCCAUUUCAAAAAGUUAGGAUUACCAAUGGAAGAGCUAGUUGUUAACACUUUUCAUCAGAAUGGAUACCGUGAUUCUGAUGCUCCAGUUUAUAUUCAAUCAUUUGAAAUAAAUAAUUUAAAAGAACUUAAGAGAAUUACAAAUCUCAGACUGUUGCAGCUAUACGACAGCAAAUCUCUACAACCUGCUGACCAAGUUUUGCUUGGAGCUGAUAUUACUUAUGGCAACAUGUCCACACCAGAAGGACUAGCAGAAGUUGCAAAAUACGCAUCUGCAGUAGGACCUGACAAAAGCUAUAUUAUUCCCCGCAAUGAAGAUAACAGCUUAGGAGACCCAACAAGCUUUGUCGCUGAUGCUCAUGCUGUUGGGCUAAAAGUGCACCCUUAUACAUUCCGUGCUGAAAACACGUUUCUUCCUAAAGAAUUCCAAAGCGACAACCCUUUAAAAGAAGCCAGAGGAGAUUUGACAGGGGAGCUGCAAAAGUUUGUUGAAGCUGGAAUCGAUGGUCUUUUUUCAGAUCAACCUGAUAUAGCAUUGCGUUUUCGUGGACCUUGUUUGUGA